AUGGACACGAUCAUUAGCAGCCUGCCACCAGACGUCGGGGCCAUCCUGAUGAAAAACGUCUCGAUCAUCCAGGUCGUGGCCAUGUUCUCAAUCGGUGCCUACAACGCCUUCGAAACAGCAAUCGUCACUUUCGACACGUUCAAGCGCUACAGCGGUCUCUAUUUCUGGAGCAUGCAGGUCGCGUCUUGGGGCAUCCUUGUGCAUGCACUGCCUGCCAUGGCUCGUUUUGUCUCUCAGGCGUCUAAUCUUUCUACGUCAAUCCCUUUCAUCAUCGGGUGGUACGCCAUGGUUACCGGUCAGGCCGUCGUACUCUAUUCACGUCUGAACCUCGUUGUCUCCAACAUGGGAAAGGUGCGGUGGGUUUUGUGGAUGAUCAUUGGCAAUUUUUUCAUUCUCCACGUCCCCAUGACCGUCCUAUUCUUUGGCCUGAACCAAGGUGACGCACGCUUCGCUCGACCUGCCGCGAUAUACGAUCGCAUCCAGGUGACAGGCUUCUGCGUACAAGAUUUCAUCAUUUGCGGGAUUUAUAUCUACGAAGCAAUCCGAGCUCUCCAGCCGAUGAUCGAGAUCCGAGGUCGCAAUGGUCGGAAUGCCAUCAUACAUCUGCUCUGGAUCAACAUUAUUGUCGUGUUGCUCAACAUUCUACUCCUUCUCGCGGAGUACAAGCUGCACUACAUUCAAGUGAGCUUCAAGACCGUGGUGUACAGCAUCAAGUUGAAGUUGGAAUUCUCCGUGUUCAAUCGUCUCCGGUCGUUGACGAGCACGCAGCCCAGUCUAUCCCAGUAUGGGCCCGAAGAGCGGCACAGAUCAAGCAAGACGAGUCUCCUGGACAAGAUGUUUCCAUGGGUUUCUGUCACACCGGAUAGAAAUGUGAGACCUGAGGCUGCUCAGAGAGAAACUCCACGAGGCGCAUGCGCAACAUCGAAUGAGAACAGCCCUCGCCCUGGAAACACCUCGUUCACACGACUCUCUGCCAAUACCGCAAUCAAUUCUCCCACGGGCUCAUCAGACAGUCUGCCCACGCUAGAAUUGAGUCUGUCUGAAUUUUCACCCAGAUUGAAUGUAUGA